CAAAAAAAAAAAAACACGGUCCCCGCUCGCUGUUCACCAUGCCUCCACCAAAAUCAAAAGGGGGCAAAAUGCUCUCCCUGAUCAACUGGCGUCUCAAGGUCACCAUCAAUGACGGACGCGCGCUCACCGGUCAGAUGCUCGCAUUCGACCGGCACAUGAACCUUGUUCUUGCAGAUUGUGAAGAGUUCCGUAGGGUACGAACAAAGAAGAAAGACGCAGGUGAGGUGGGCUCUGGUCAGGAGCAGGAGAUCAAGCGCACCCUUGGACUUGUCAUUCUUCGCGGCGAGACUGUCGUCAGCAUCAGCGUGGAGGGACCACCGCCCGUCGUUGAUGAGGAUAAGAAGAAUGCUCUACCCGUUGGUCCAGGUCGCGGUAUGCCUGCGGGUCGUGGUAUGGGCAUGAUGCCCCCGAUUGGCCAGCCGCCGAUGCGUCCACCAAUGGGCUUCCCCCCUGGCGGCAUGCCAGGUCCUCCGCCUGGUUUUCGACCCCCAGGCUUCCCUCCUGGUAUGCCUUUCCCUCCUCCUGGGUUCACCGGUGCUCCUCCUCCUGGCUUCCAACCGCCUCAGUAGCAUGGUGGUAUAGUUUUGCUUGGAUCUGUUUUUGUCUUCAAUGUAAUCUCAGUACUCGGUGCUUGUUUUCCGCAAUGCAAAAGAACCCGUUGUUCAUGUUUUUGCUUCACGUGGUCGUUUUCUAUUUCCUUUUCCCUCGACUCCGGCCUCUGCGCCCCUUCCCAAAAUUGUGGACGUCCAGAUCGUGACUGGCCCUCAGAGUCUAUCGCCAGGAACGUCCCCUUUAAUGGCGAAAGGUACCGCCAUCGACCUCGAACACUUGCUCUACUUGGCUACAAUCUGAACCUAAGCUGCUUCUGUCGAUGCUCAGCGGUAGCGGUACCGAUGUUACUCUCCAUAAAUGAAUAGAAUAGACUGUUUC